AAAAGACAGAUUGGUAACAAGUCGCCUGGUAGUGUGUGCAAGUGUAGUCAUGGCUGUCUGACAAAACAUUCGAAAUAACAAGAAUUAAUGCGGUAGUUGGUUAUUAAUGGUAUCAUGUCGUGCUUCUUAGGAGGUGUAAUGUUACCCUGAUUCAAAUUUUGGAGAGUUUAUCGCCGAUACAGUGCCCACGAUUUUAUUCGGAUCCACAUACUUUGUAGUGUACUUUGUAGAUAUCAUUGAGAAUAAUAAUAAAUAAGUGGAUAGCAGUUGGUGGAGGAAGAAAGUUACGGAAGGCGCAGUGAGCGUGAGCCUGCAAAAUUUUUCUUUGAAUUCUUGUUAAACGAGAGUCGCGUCUGACGACCACCGACGAUCGAUUACGCAAGAUGACCAUUCUGUCGAAGAAGAAGACGAACGCCUCAAAAGAUAGGCGAGAAGGAGGCAGCACUUCCGAAGUCGAUGUUCAUGGAGUGCAAAAUGAGCAUAGCUCUGGAUCCAUCACACUACCUAAUAGCCCGUAUCAGGUACGUGCAGCGAACGGUUUCGCGGUCGAUCUUCAUGGGGUUCAAACCGAUCACGGAUCUGGUUCUAUUGUUCUUACUGGAAACUCAUAUGAGACGAGCGUUGAUCGUCGUGAAGAUAAACAUUUUGAAGAAGCAAGUGGUCCAAGUCAUGGCAAACGUCAUAGACAGCGUGCAAGCCCCCAUAGUAGUUGUAUUGGAAGGAAUUCACGUUCUAAACGUGAAAGAGAAAGAGACAGAGGUCGGGAAAGAGACAGAGAGAGGGAAAGAGAACGAGAAAGACAAGCUACACCUCCAGCCGCAUCAUGCAGUGGCUUACAAGCUACAGAUGCUGGUAUAAUAGCUAAUAAUCGAAUGGCUAUUGUUGGAGCUGCUGCAAAUUUAGAACAUGAAUUAGCUAAUGGUUAUAAUAGUGGGGAUGAAUAUACUGGCAGAACUGGAAAUAAUCUUACCUUGGCUGAAUGGCAAGAGCGGGACAGGUGGUUUGAAAAACGAAUGCGAAAAAUGGGAUUUAUUGUCAAAAAAAUGGGCGAAGAUGGAGCAUGUCUGUUCAGAGCUGUUGCAGAUCAAGUUUAUGGUGACCAAGAAAUGCACGGUGUAGUAAGAAAGCAUUGCAUGGAUUAUAUUGCUUCCAAUCAAGAAUUUUUUUCUCAUUUCGUAGCGGAAGAUUUUAGCACAUAUGUAGAUAGAAAACGACAAGAAUAUGUACAUGGGAACCACAUAGAAAUGCAAGCAAUGUCUGAAAUGUAUAAUCGUAGCAUUCAAUUAUAUUGCUACAGCACUGAACCAAUCAAUAUCUUCCAUACAAUGGUUGAAAGUGAUAAUGAACCGAUUCGAUUGUCUUAUCAACGGGGUAGUCAUUAUAAUAGCAUAGUAGACCCAUAUAAAGCUACAAUUGGUGUUGGACUCGGCCUACCAUCAUAUAAUCCUGGUGCUGCGGAUCGACAACUGAUAUCAGAUGCAGUUCGUCAAAGCGAAGAACUACAUAUCGAACAGACGAUGUUGGAAGACAAAAUAAAGGCAACAGAUUGGGAAGCAACGAACGAAGCCAUAGAAGAACAAGUUGCCCGGGAAAGUUAUUUGCAAUGGUUAAGAGAUAACGAGAUGCGAAAAGCGCGAUCAGCUAGUAGUAGCAGUACAAGUACGGUGACCAGCGCACAACACAGUCACGCUCAUUUUCAUCCUCAUGGUGGUCGUGGACAGCAACGUACUCAUACUUCUUCUCCGACCACGACCCAAACUAGCCAAGAUAAUUUACGAAAUUCACCGAAGAUGAACGAUUCGGUAAGAUACAGUAAAAGAUCGCCACAACAUCAGUCAACCCAAGGAGCCACCAUAUCUCACCUUACCUCCGAUUUUGAAUCUAAAAUUUCUCAAGAGCCUAUGCCUGGGAGCAGUAAAGAAGAAGCCCACGCAUCACCAGAUAUUUCGUUGUUUAAUCGUCUUCCUCCCGAAGUAUUUGGUUUGACGGAUUGGGAGGACAGUGACAUACUUUCACAAGUUUUGGCGACGUCGCAGCAGGAAUACUUGGAUAGCCUGAAACAAUCGCGGAAUUCUGCCUCUUCCGGGAACGAUGCUAACAAUAUACUAGAUUCCAGUAACAGUUAAUUUUUAAGAUCUUUAACGAUAAAGUUCAGAGGAAUAAUGAAGUAAAAGUAUAUGCAUUUGUAUGCAGUGUUUUUCAUAGGAUGUGAUAUAUCCGAAAAAUAAGAUAGUUCUAAAUCAAAAAUGAAGCAAUUCUUAGUGUUAUCACAUGAUCAUUAAUCAUCGCUGAAAGCCAUUGAUAAUUUUGUUGAAUGCAUGCCUAAUAAACUUAAUUACUAGUAGCAAAUCGUAUCACAUCGACUUUUAUUAGUAUUCCAUAUAUAAAAUUAGACUUAAAGUUUAGUAUAAAUGUCCAGAGGAAAUGUCAUUUUAUGAACGCGUCAUCAUAAAGUCAUUCACAGAGUCAUGUUUUAUAACAACGUGAAACCGUAGAUAUGAGUAAUGUUUUUUGUUCGGGAUAGUAGAUAAUAUAUGAAGUCGUUUAAGUUUAUUAAGGAUGCAUCUGACGUCCGCCAAUAGUAAUAAGAAAUGAUCAGGUAAAAGCAUCGAGAAUUGUUUUAUUUUUAGUUAAAAGUUUUUGGUUUGAUAGAUACGGUGCAUCUUAUGGGAUACUCUGUACAUAGUGCAGUAUCAUCUAAUUCUGCAUUAUAUAGGGUAUAAGGUGGUUUGCUUUUUUCCAUGGAAGUAAAUGUUCAGUGAACAUUAAAUCAUCGUUCGAUUCUUUUUUGGAAUUCUCGAUGUAUACACGAAUACUUUACAGUAGUGUAGUUUCCGCUACGAAAUAGCGAGCCUGUAAAACUUGUCGGAAGUCGAUGUGCACGUACGAGUGCCGAAAUUUAAGAACAUUGAAAUUCGGUAAUUUGAAAAUGAAAUUAUUUAAAAGCAAAGAAAUUUUAUAUUCCCCUUGCGAGCGCAGUUAUCCGCAACUCUUUUGUGCAAUAUAUUGAAACAAAGCCCUAAAGCAGAAUGUAGCAUGCGAUCCUGGGAUCUUUGUCUUUUACUACGUUCGAUUUGAUAGGGGUUUCAUUUAUUUCGCUAUAUCGUAGCGAAAACUAUGAAUACAUCGCUGUUACGUGCACUUUUUCGAACACUAGAGUAGCCAUAUUAUUUUUGUCUGCAGUGUUUCACCUUGUCAGUGUCGAAAUGUUUUGUAAGAUCAAUUUCAAAGUUACAAGAGAACGUUCUUCUUUCAGUCAUUGUUCUAUACUAAAUUUCUUGCGUGUUUUUGGAUGCCAUGUUUACUGCCGGUGUUUACGCAAACCAUGUAAACAAAUCGGCUCAACUACGUAAUUAUACCUUUUUCGUGGUACGAUAUGAUACAUCUUAAACGCUUUAGAAAAAUCUUUAUUGCGUUAUUUGUAAGAAAAGACAAAUAAAACUACUACAAUGUAAUUUAAA